AGACAACUCACAUCACAGUGAGAGAGGCAGAGGAAGAACUCACACGUCCUCACUGUGUCCUGUUUUUUAAAUUGCGUCGUUUCCAGAGUCGACCUGGGAGCAGACACAGAUUCUACAGGCCUUUUCACCAUGUCUCCAAAAAGAGGAACACUCCUACUCUUUGUGGCCUGCGCAGCCUUGGCUAAUAGCCUUUCUAUGAUGCCUGGAAAUGGACCUGACUUCAAAGACAUGGCUAAAAGACUGAUGCGGAAGUGCCACGAUAAGGGAUGCCCGGUGCCUAAGAUGUUGCUGCUGAGAACAGUCUUCAAUAACAGUGACUCGCCUGCAAAGGACAGAAGCUCUGGCCAGUCUGACACCUUACUGUCUACUUUUAUGAACAUCCUGGAUUCAUUUUCUCCUGCCAAAGAGUCACUUAGCCGAGUCCCCUUGGAUGACUCAGAUAAAACGAUGAUGUGGAACUGCAGCAAUCUUUCAAAAAUGAUCAAGCUGAUCAGGAACUCCUCUGAGGCAUCUGCAUGUUAUGUGCAUGCAUUUAUGGCCCCUCUGUCCUGGGCAGCUUUAACCACACAGAGUGACAACAACAUGGACUCUGACGACUAUGACACACUGCUGUGGGCUGCCAGAUCUGCGGUGCAGGGUAUGCCUGCUACAAGAAUGAAACUUCCAAUCGAACCACCUCCCGAAAGAGUGAAAAUGAUAUUGAAGAUGCUGCUGGAGUUGUAUGAGUUCACAUCUGAAGCCCAAAGGAUGAAGGUGGUACGAUGGGCAAAACAGCAGAUCACAGAGAACUACUUCAACUGUACAAUGAGGCCACCAUCUGACUCAAGAUUAAAGCUGAUGCAGCGCUGCAAGCCGUCACUGAAAUGGCUGAAUAUGGAAGCUUUGAUCAUGAUAGGACCAUACCUCUCCUAUUUAGAGCCAAGUGAUGUUGAUUCUUCUCCCAAAGAAAAGCUGUGUGAAUUUUUCUACUCGGCCAAGUUCAAAUCUGCCUUGAAAAUGGUCGUCAGGAUGAACCCCAGUCUGGCCAAGAGGUUUAUUGAGAGAUUUCAGGGGUGCUUCAGUGGGAGGAAGGACUUUGCAGAGCAUGUGGACAAGCUCGGCACACUUGCUUGUCAUUAUUGGGCUGUUCCAGACUUGAGUCCUGAACUCAGCAAGAAACUCCUCUCUGAACUUAACAACUGUGAUGACUUGGGCAACCCCAGAAUUAAAAUGCUGAAGAAGCGCCUUAUCAAGGCUGUGAUGUCAAAUUCAAACACUACCGAAGUGCUACCCACGCUGGGCAGCAGUGUUACCUUGCUGUCUCCCACUCAUCUGCCCCCGAUGUCUGUCGACGACCUCAAAAAUCUGGGAUCCUCUGUACAAUGGACAAAGGACCAGCUGCGCAAGUUGGUCAAGAAACAGCUGGGUGACAUGAAGUGUAAAAAGCUGUCGGGUGAGGAGCUGAUGGCCCUUAAGUCAGUUGCAGCAGGUUUGCCGAGCUGUGUGCUCAAGCAUGUCAAAGCCCAGGAGAUCUUACAUGAUGAAGAGGCCCUGAGGAACAUCUCCAAGCGGAUGAACAAGGGGCAAUUGAAGGCCAUGCUGCAGGGGCUGCGUAUGGAUGUGGAUCCAUUAGAGCUGGUGCAGAAGUUGGCCGGCCCUUUGCUUCGCAAAGUUUCUAUAAGCAGCCUGUCCAAAGCAAACAUCACCUCCCUGGACCAACUGGGGGAUAAAACAUGGAGUCGGCCACAGGCAGCCUACCUGGCAAAGAAGAUGUAUGAUCUAAAGCAGCUGCAGUAUGGCAGAUACAGGAGGCUGCGGUCAGUCCUUCAGGGCAUAACCUGUAAGAUGAUCGAGAAGGUGGCAGACCGUGACGUGCAAGACAUGGCUCAGGCCUUAACAGAGACUCCGCGGUGGCUCUCCAAAGUGCAAGCAGGAUGUGCUGCUCGUAAGCUUUUUGGGACUUUGGAGAAGAAGAGAGCUGACUAUUUCAAAAAUAUCACUGGGAAGGAGAUGGACGACAUUCCUACAUUCUUGUUUGUUCACCUGAAUCCUCAAAAGGUGAAGGAUUUGCCUGACUCAGCGUGUCCCGUCUUCAUCGACAAGAUGGAAGUGGCCGACCUCAGCUUGUUACCUCAUCGCGCCCCGUCUCGCCCCGCGCUCACCAGGAGAGCUCUGCUUUGCCUGGCCAAUGGGACAGACUUAUCCAGACUGACCACUGACGACGUCUCCAGGCUUGGAUCGCUCUUGUGUGAGCUUCAGCCUACCCAACUGCGCCUCCUGGCUCCCGAUGUCCUCGCCUCCAGCCUCCAGGCCAUGGCUUCCUGCCAGCACAUUCCUCAACGCCACAGGGCAGAUCUAAUACAACUAGUGACCCAGACUUUCGGGAAUUCAUCUGAUUGGUCAGCUGAGAUGAUGGAAAAACUGGGUCCUCUCAUCCUUUUGGAUGAUAAUGCCACAUCUGCUCUUCCCAAUAAGCCUUGGAUGAAAGAUGUUCUCUAUUUCCUGAAGUCCUGUCUGUCCCGCAGCUCUGAUGCACUGAGAAAGAAAAUAUUCAGUCUCAUCACCAAUGCAGCACUUGAAACAAGCUCAGCCAACAGUAACAGCACCGGUAAUGGUACUGAUGACAGCAAUGGCAGCAGUGGCAGUAUCAAUGGGACGAACAGUAACGUUACUGACAUUAGUAGCAGUAGUAACAGUAGCACUGUCAGUGCUAAAGUGCCUACUGUGGAGUUGAUUGAGGAACUGGGAAAGGGCAACGUGUACUGGACACCUGCAGAGCUGGAUCGGAUGUCAACCCAAACGUUCCUCGCCACCGUAGAAACACUUGGUAUCAUCUCUGACUACAGCGCAGACCAACUGGCCGUGCUCAGUAAAAAAGCGACCAAGGCCUUGGGUCCAGCCUCAAACAUGACUGAGAGCGUGGUGAUGCAGCUGGGGUGUUUAAUUCAGGGCUUCUCCAACACCGACCUGGAGAAGCUCCCCCUCUCACUGGACGCUCUAGAGGAUAUUGCCCAGUGUGGCUGGAGUGAGUCACAGAUGGAGCCGCUGUGGAAGGGUGUUGCUAAAUAUAACAACCUGACAGCGCAGCAGCUGGGAGCUGUAGAGAUGGUAGCACUGAGCCGGUUCAUCUGUGGCCUGAACGCCAGGGAGAUCGGACAGCUCAGCAUGGACGCCUUCAAGGACGCUGUAGGCUCAAUGGAUGGUGUUCAGUACUCCUUCCAGGUUGCACAGCAGUUAAAAAGGCUUGCCGUGUCUGCGUUUGGAGAUCCUCGCACCUGGACUGAAGCACGAGCCGCUGACCUGGGCAACAUCGUUGCUGGGUUGGAUGCGAAUGAGUUGUUUUCUUUAGACCCGUCUGUCAUGCCUUUUCUCAGCGAGUCGUGCAUCUCACUUAUACCACCAAGCAACUUUGCUGGUCUCUCUGGUGCUCAGCUGGAGGCUCUUGGACCUGACAACGCUGCCAUGGUAACCAGUGAACAGCGAGCUGCCAUGACAGACAAGCAGCUGGCGGCUCUUGAAAGGGCCAUGACCGGGUCUCGCGACCAAAAACAAACUCCUGAAGGGUCAGGAGCUCCAUCGCUGAGUGUCGAGGGGAUCUCAGCCUUCAUGAAGCCCCUUCUGUUUCUCCUCACUGGGUUCCUGCUGCUGUGAAAACAGAGAGCCACCAUGUCCUGCUGCACUGCUGGCAGGUUCUUUAGCUCAGCACACACACACAGAACAUUUUAGUACAUUUGUGAUGAAGACCUGUUUCUCACAGAUUGGCAGUCUGCGGUAAAUUAUGUGUGAGUGUAGGAGUGUGGUUGUAAACAGUAACAAGUACACAACAUAAUCAAAUUACCUGGUAAGAUGUGUUGAUUCUUUAUUUCUUUUUAGAACGUUCACUUUAAAUUUUCUGUCUCUAUAUAUUUAUAAGAAAGUAUAUUUUAAUAGAACGAAGAGGGAUAUUUAAUCUGAUGUCUACCAUGUAGGUUGUCCUAUAGUCUCAUUAUGUGGAUAUUUAAUACUGUACUGACAAAAUGGGAAAUGACAAAUGAUUU